GGGGCCACCACUUGUCCCUCUGCCAUUCCAACCACUGCGACGGCACCGCAGUUCCUGUCGUUGCGACCACCAACCAAGUGAGCCUCAGCUGGUGCCGAGCCGAGAAGAGCCGAAAGAGGGGCGGUCUGCUGGACGGAGGCCGCGUAGCUCCGGCGGUCCUCGGGGUCGAGGAGAGGGCGAGCGGAGAGCUCAUCGGUGCCCUACUGUCGAGAGAAGACAACAUCGCGAGUACGAGUGGCUCCCAUUCCGGGCCGAGACCCUUGAUUCGGCUAUAAAUCCGAGCUGCGGUCUUGGUAUUGCCGAUCUGAGCGAAACGGUUGGCUUGCCUCUUGACGGCAUUGACGAAAUCGAAGAAAUCAAGGAAUAACGGCACAAGUAUUGUGAAAAGGAUGGCCGGGGAGGACAGGUGGUGCGUGGUGACGGGUGGUAGGGGUUUCGCGGCACGUCAUUUGGUGGAAAUGCUAAUCAGAUAUGAGAUGUUCUCCGUUCGAAUUGUUGAUUUGGGCUCUCAGAUCGAGCUCGAACCGCAUGAAGAAGGGGGGAUUCUCGGCCAAGCUUUACGUUCAGGACGUGCCCAAUACGUGUCUGCCAAUCUCUGUAACAAGUCCCAAGUGCUCAAAGCCUUGGAAGGGGCAGAGGUUGUAUUCCACAUGGCGGCUCCUAAUUCAUCCAUCAAUGACUAUCAGCUCCAUUACUCGGUUAAUGUGCAAGGUACAAAGAAUGUUAUUGAUGCUUGUGUUGAGCUGAAAGCAAAGAGACUUAUUUAUACCAGUUCUCCAAGCGUCGUAUCUGAUGGAGUACACCCAAUCUUCAAUGGAGAUGAAUCAUUGCCCUAUGCAGCAAAGCAUAAUGAUUCGUAUUCUGCUACUAAAGCUGAAGGAGAGGCCUUAGUCAUUAAGUCAAAUGGAGUGAAUGGGCUUCUAACUUGUUGUAUACGGCCCAGUAGCAUUUUUGGCCCGGGUGAUAGGUUGCUGGUACCAUCUCUAAUUGCUGCUGCCAGAGCAGGCAAAUCAAAGUUCAUAAUUGGUGAUGGCAACAAUAACUAUGACUUCACUUAUGUUGAAAAUGUGGCUCACGCUCACAUAUGUGCUGAACGAGCUCUAGCUUCUGGAGGGGAUGUGUCAGAGAAAGCUUCAGGGCAGGCCUAUUUCAUCACCAAUAUGGAGCCUAUAAAGUUCUGGGAAUUUAUGUCACAGGUUCUAGAAGGUCUUGGCUAUGAAAGGCCUAGAAUAAAAAUCCCUGCCUUUGUUAUGAUGCCAAUUGCACACUUGGUGGAGCUAAUUUAUAAGUUGUUAGCCCCAUAUGGGAUGAAAGUGCCACAGCUGACUCCUUCUCGAGUUAGGCUCCUUUCUUGCAAUAGAUCAUUUAACUGCUCUAAGGCAAAAGAACGACUCGGUUAUGCACCUGUUGUAUCUCUUCAGGAGGGUCUAAGGCGGACAAUUGAAUCGUAUGCACAUCUAAGGGCUGAUCAACAACCUAAACGAGAAGGCCCAUCCAAGGCUGCGCUAUAUCUUGGAGAUGGAAGGGUUGCAAAUACGCUUCUCUGGAAGGAUAGGAAACAGACGCUAACUGUCUUGUUAGUCUUGACCACAAUUUACUAUACAUUCAUCGCUUCCUCGUCAUCACUUGUCACUGCAAUUUCGAAGCUUCUUUUGGUGUCAUCAAUUUUUCUGUUCGUGCAUGGUUAUCUUCCUGAAAAGAUAAUGGGUUACCAGGUUGAGAAAAUCUCUGCGUCCAGUUUCUGCAUGUCAGAUGAGAAAGCUCAGCACGUUGCUCUGACAGUUGCCUCGUUGUGGAAUAAUGCCGUAAAAAUUCUGAAUGCCCUUUGCCAGGGGAAAGAUUGGAUGCUCUUUUUCAAGGUGGUCGGCUUUCUUCUGCUUGCCAGCAUUCUUGGAUCCGUUUCACUUCAGAGUCUGUUUCAGAUAGUGAUUCUCGUUGCAUUCACAGCAUUCUAUGUGUAUGAGAAUAAGGAGGAAGAGAUUGACUCAAUGGUCUCAAACGCUCUGUCUUUCAUGUGCAAACGGACAUCCGAUGCUAUCGGCAAGUUCCCCAGCUCUAAGAGGGAUUGACAGUUAAUGUUUCAGGGAGAACCACCUCAAAUGAUCUGGUGAAAUCCAUUCUUCAUGCUUCGUCUUCGGAGCUGGAUUUGUAUGUGUUAGUCCCUGUUUCCUUUGCAUUUUGCAUAUUUUCUUAAGUUUUAUCCAUUCUUUUGUUCCAUUGUCGAUCACUCGAUUAAAACUAUCUGGCUGGAUAUAGUUGAGCUAUGGCCAGAUUCCCUGUCCGUCAUUGGUUGAAGAGUUCCUUUCUUUUGUCGUUUUGUGGUUCAAGAAGGAAGAAUCAUCAGAUGCUGCUCUAUGUCCUUUCUUUUUUCUCUUGGUACCUGCUUUUGCUUAUUGCCUCUUCAAACUUAUUAAUGGGGUUA